AUAACAUAACAGCUGUUUGGAAGCUAAAAAGUGUAGCUGUUACGACACGAUAGUCCACACUUGCAAACCAAAAUAGGAAAAUUUUACCAAUAUCGUUGGAGUUCUGCCUAGUUUGUCUAACUAAAGAUGAUCACCAAAUUCCGGCCAUUGUGUAAACCACUUUUGCAACAUGUCAUGCGAAAUGCCGUCAAGGGAAUUGCACCUCAAUCUGUUCGUCAAAGUCAUGUAGUUUCGUAUCGUGUUGCUCCUCCACCACACUCUAAAGCAACAAGAAUUGGAGCUGAAAUGGUUGGUGCCGCUAUGUGGUGGUGGGUGCUCUGGCAUUUGUGGCAUGAAUCAGAGCACAUUACAGGUGAAUUUCCCUAUCCCGAACCAUCGGAGUGGACCAAUUCUGAACUUGGAAUUCCACCAGCAUAAACGAAAAGAGAAUGGUAGUUGAAUUUGAGACAUACAUAUUCUUUUGGAUGAGGGCUAUGUCGAAUUAAAGGUUAAUAAAAUAAUAAUUGUAAAUAAAAUCAUUAAUUAGA